AUGAGCGAGCUGUCUGCCAAGUGGGCCUGUGAAUACUGCACAUACGAGAACUGGCCGUCCGCCAUCAAGUGCACCAUGUGCCGCGCUCAGAGGCCUAGUGGGGGGGCAAUCAUCACUGAGGAGCCCUUUAAGAGCAGCCCUGCUCUGGAUGCCAGUCUGCACCAGUGGGACUCAGCAGAGCUCAGCAACAGCCCGACCCAGGGAGGGUCCAGCCUGCUCAUCUGUCCUGACUCCAGCGCACGGCCCCGCGUACGUAUUGCUGACGUCCCAGAGCCGAGCAGCAAGUGGUCAUGCCACACGUGCACCUAUCUGAACUGGCCGCGAGCCAUCCGCUGCACGCAGUGUCUGUGUCAGAGGCAACAGGGGCAGCACCAGCACCCACCACACUCCAGCCAUCCAGGACUUCACAGCCAGCAGCCCCAUAGCCCCACAGAGUCUCCUCAGACCUCAGGCUCAGGCUGUCGCUCGUCCACCCCCGCCUCUACCACAGACCCCUGUGAGGAAUACAACGACCGCAACCGACUCAACACACACGCCCAGCGCUGGUGCUGCAGCGCAUGCACUUACGAGAACUGGCCCAAAUCAAGGAAGUGUGUGGUAUGUGACCACCCCAGGCCCAAUAGCCUACUGGUAGAGCCCAUUCAGCUGGCAUCUGAGCUUGAGAGCCAGCCUCCCUCCUCCAUCCUGAAUGAGGACAGGGACAAGCGGAGGGGCGUAAGUGGGCACAUAGGCCAAGGGCUAGUAGGCAUGGGGGGGGGUUUAGGUGGCUGCAGCAGUAGCCAAAGGAGGUCACCCCCCACAUCAAAAAGAGAGGCAGACGUCAACAUGGACUUCCAGAGAAUCGAGCUGGCAUCUGGGGCUGGCAUCGGAAGUAAAGAGGAACUCGAAGUGGAUUUCAAAAAACUGAAGCAAAUUAAAAACCGGAUGAGAAGGACUGACUGGCUAUUUCUCAAUGCAUGUGUGGGUGUGGUGGAGGGCGACCUAGCAGCUGUGGAGGCCUACAAAUCAUCAGGAGGAGACAUCGCGCGGCAGUUAACGGCAGACGAAGUUCGCCUCCUGAAUCGACCAUCUGCUUUUGAUGACGGCUUCACGCUGGUUCACUUAGCCAUCCGCUUCCAGAGGCAGGACAUGCUGGCCGUGCUGCUCACCGAGGUGUCCCAACAGGCUGCUAAGUGCAUCCCCGCCAUGGUGUGCCCCGAGCUGACGGAGCAGAUCCGGCGUGAAGUAGCGGCUUCUCUGCACCAAAGAAAGGGCGACUUCACCUGUUAUUUCCUCACAGACCUGGUCACCUUCACGCUCCCCGCAGACAUUGAAGAUUUGCCUCCAGCUGUUCAGGAAAAGCUGUUUGAUGAGGUGUUAGACAGAGACGUACAAAAGGAGCUGGAAGAGGAGGCCCCCAUCAUAAACUGGUCUCUGGAGCUGGGCAGUCGCUUGGACAGUCGUCUGUAUGCUCUGUGGAACCGCACGGCCGGGGACUGUCUGCUGGACUCUGUGCUCCAGGCCACGUGGGGCAUUUAUGACAAAGACUCGGUCCUUAGGAAGACUCUGCACGACAGCCUGCACGACUGCUCCCACUGGUUCUACACACGCUGGAAAGAGUGGGAGUCGUGGUAUUCCCAGAGCUUCGGCCUCCACUUCUCGCUGCGGGAGGAGCAGUGGCAGGAGGACUGGGCCUUCAUACUGUCCCUGGCCAGUCAGCCCGGGUCCAGCUUGGAGCAGACCCACAUAUUUGUUCUCGCACAUAUACUUCGUCGGCCCAUCAUCGUCUACGGAGUGAAGUAUUACAAAAGUUUCCGUGGGGAAACGCUGGGGUACACCCGUUUUCAAGGUGUGUACUUGCCCCUCUUAUGGGAGCCGAGCUUCUGCUGGAAAAGCCCCAUCGCUCUGGGGUACACGCGUGGCCACUUCUCGGCUCUGGUUGCCAUGGAGAACGACGGCUUUGACAAUCGAGGCGCGGGCGCCAACCUCAAUACAGACGACGACGUGACGGUCACGUUUCUGCCGCUGGUGGACAGUGAGAGGAAGCUGCUGCACAUCCACUUCCUGUCAGCGCAGGAGAUGGGGAACGAGGAGCAACAGGAGAAGCUGCUGCGGGAGUGGCUGGACUGCUGCGUCACCGAGGGCGGGGUCCUGGUGGCCCUGCAGAAGAGCUCGCGGCGCCGGAACCACCCGCUGGUCACUCAGAUGGUGGAGAAAUGGCUGGACGGAUACAGACAGAUCCGACCGUGCGCCUCCCUCUCAGACGGCGAGGAGGAAGAGGAGGACGAGGACGAGUGA